AUGGGUCAUCAGCAGCUCUACUGGAGUCACCCAUGGAUGUUUGGCCAGGGUUCUCACUCUGGCCACGUCUGCUCUAACCGCCAUGGUCUGAUCCGUAAAUAUGGACUGAACAUCUGCCGACAGUGCUUCUGUCAGUACGCGAAGGACAUGGGCUUCAUUAAGUUGGACUAA